AUGAUCACGAAAAAUUACAACGAAUAUAUAACACAUAGAAAAACGCAUCAACCUUUCAUCUAUGAGUGCAGAGUGACCAAUUGUGGGCGAACAUUCCACCAUGAAUCAUCAUUUCGCAAUCACAAGAAGACACAUAAACCUCAUCCUCAGUGCGAGUGCUGUGGCAAAUUCUUUUACCGCAUGGAUGUACUGAAGUCUCACAAGAAAGUGUGCUCCAGAGCUCCUCGUUAG